UAAAGGUAGAUAAGGAAAGAGAAAAAUCCAUGACAUACUGACCCAACAGCCUUCACUACGCUUUCUCUUCGACAAGUUUAUCCACACGCCCCUCAGAAUCCUCUGUUUUUUUCUCUUCAGUUUUCAUUUUCUUGAUGUUUUUGUUGUUAUAAUAUUUUAUUCUUUGUUUGUCCAUCUUUUUCCUUUUCUUUUUUUAUUGUAACACUGUCUGUCUUCCUUGUACGACCAGUUCACUUGUUAGGAACUCCCAAAAACCAACUCGAUUUUGGAACUUGGUUGUGUCCGGAUCUUGGAUUAGAGCCACAGAUUCCAACAAAAAUAUCUGUUCUUUUUGUUUUUUGUUUUUGACUUUGAGGUCAUAAAGCCGUGCCCAAGGUUCAUUUUUCUUGGUGUUAUCAUGGAUUCCCCACAAUCAGUUGUCUCACCAUUCAAGAACUCUGUUGAUGCUGAGCCUGAGAAGCAGAAAUCAGACUUUUUCUCUAGGAACUCUGAUGGCUCAUCAAAUGGAUCUGAGGUUAACAGAAAGGAAGCUGUUGUGGCGAACCAAGAGAAUUCCAUUGGUGUUCUUGAGGUUUAUGUCCAUCAGGCGAGAGACAUCCAGAACAUCUGCAUUUACCACAAGCAGGAUGUCUAUGCUAAGCUUUGCCUCACCAGUGAUCCUGAAAGCACAGUCUCCACCAAGAUCAUCAAUGGUGGUGGGAGGAAUCCAGUGUUCAAUGAAAAUCUUCGCAUCAAUGUUCGAAAUGUUGAUUCCUCUCUCAAAAUCGAGAUAUUCAUGAUGAGUAGAGUAAGGAAUUAUCUUGAAGACCAGUUGCUGGGGUUUGCAUUGGUGCCGCUGUCUGAAGUACUUCUCAAGAAUGGGAAAUUAGAGAAAGAAUUCUCUCUUUCUUCAACUGAUCUGUUCCAUUCACCUGCUGGUUUUGUUCAAUUAUCUCUUGCAUAUGCUGGAUCCUCUCCUGAAGUAAUGGCUAUUCCUGCAAUGCCCACAGAUAUUGUUGCCGAUGAGACUCUGAAGGAUUCAGAGACAAGUGAGUGCGAGUUAGAAAAGAUUGAGUUUCCGGAUCCAAAAAUUGUGAAUGAGAACCAGAUGAUGGUUUCUGAGUAUUUUGGGAUCUCGUGUUCUAAUUUGGACUCUGAAAGUUUGGUCACUUCUGAUGCUGAGAAUCAACUUAGUUCGAACAUGGAUGUUCAUUUAGUGGAAAGCUUCUCAACUGCUGCAGUCAAUUCCAUCCAAGUCCCCAAGCUUGAUUCUCCUCCAAGCAGUUUAUCAACUAAUGGGGUUUCAUCUCCAUCAGCUGCUGCAAGCUCCGAGUCGUCUGAUGGUCCAGCUGCUUUUAAAACUUCUCAUCAGGAACACAAUUCAUCCCCAAAAGAGAAAACUGUGGAUAUUGGAGAUGGUGAUAGUGCUUCCUCUGGGGCACAAAGCGAUUCCAUUGCAAAACCUGUUGUUUCUGUCAAUAUUGAGCCUGAGCAGAAGGUGGUGCAACAGGAGAUUGUGGACAUGUACAUGAAAAGCAUGCAGCAAUUUACUGAAUCAUUGGCUAAGAUGAAACUGCCUCUGGACAUUGACAGUGGACCAACCAAACCAGAUAAUUCAAGUACUACUGAUCAGAAAAUACAGGCAUCAAAAAACACCCCUCGGGUGUUCUAUGGAAGUAGGGCUUUUUUCUAAGCUUCUAAUCCUCUGUUCAAAGGAAGACGCACAUGUGACUUUAGAUUUUAGGGUGGAGACUGGAGACUAAUACUGAUAGUGGUGUAAUAAUGUAUCAUGUAAUGUGGGGUUUUCCUUUGCUUUGGAUGAGGUGGGAAAUCAUGACUUGUACUGUUACUAGCUUUGUUCCAUUGCAACUGCUGUUAGUAAAUAUGAACCUUUCCUUGUAUAACAUGUCUU